CGCGCACUGGCACGUAUCGGUUUUUCUUCAAGUCUUCACAACGCAGGCGGAGAGCUACAACUCGGAACCGGCCCUACGGACGAAAGAAUGGCCCAAAGAGCGCUGCGUCGGGUGUUUGUGUACGGAACGCUGAAACGUGGGGAGCCUAAUCAUCACCUUCUGGCCGACGCAGACAACGGAUACGCCAAGUUCAUCUGCAAGGGUUCGACAAAUCGUCGGUUUCCGCUCAUCGUCGCCACCCGGUACAACAUUCCCUUUCUGCUGGACAAACCCGGCACCGGGAGUUACGUAACGGGCGAAAUCUACGAGGUCGAUGAUCCGCUGUUCGAGCAGCUGGACGUCCUGGAGGACUACCGGAAGCUGUACGAUCGCCAGAUCGAGGACAUCAACGUUGGCAUUGAGGGGGGUAACGUGCCGUGCUGGUUGUACCUGUUGCGGAAUUGUCCCGAUCGGUUGCUAAAGCUGCCAAUGCUGACGGAGUACAAGAACACGCUGGAAAAACCGUACUCGAGGCGGGCACCCGGAAAAGUGAAUAUUUUCGAGGAGCUGCUUAAGGGUGAUGAAUAGCAGAGGGAGCAUCGCCAAGAUGCGGUGAAAAGAUAGGGGCAUUCCUGCUGUGUGCUGUGGAUAAAUGUUGUUCAUUUUACUUGUGGUCCGAUUUGGAAACACCAUUUGUGUACUUAAAAUUAUGCACGGGUUUUUUUUUAUAAUGAUAAUACAACGAAAGUCAAUACUGUGUAAUGUUCCCAGUUUAGGGGUUAAAUAUGCCAUACAAUCCAUGGUUACAUCAAUUGAAUUUUUUCAAUUAUAAAUACAUACUAUAUAAUAAAAAAAGGUUGAUGCCGCCGU